AUGGUGUACGGGCAAGUGCUGCACAGGUGCGGGGCCGAGGGGUCCCUGGUCAGCCUGAACGUGGGAGGCUUCAGGCAGAAGGUGGAGUACGGCACGCUGCUGCGCUUUCCUCAGACACGGCUGGGCCGUCUGCUUCGCUGCCGCUCCGAGGAGGCCAUCCUGGAGCUCUGUGACGACUACAGCGCGGCGGACGGGGAGUUCUACUUUGACAGGAACCCCGGCGUCUUUCGCUGCGUCCUCAACUUCUACCACACCGGCAGGAUCCACCUUAUGGAGGAGCUGUGCGUCUUCUCCUUCAGUCAGGAGAUGGAGUACUGGGGCAUCAAGGACCACCACCUGGGGCCCUGCUGUGGCGGCAGGUUCCAGGAGCGUAAAGAAUACCUGGAGGUCCGCGACUGGGACCUGCGUAGCGAUGAGCAGCCCAGCAUGGACUCCUCCCUGGAGGAGCUGUCCGCCCGCGAUAAAGACCUGCAGAGGUUCGAGGACACCUGGUGCUCAGACAUCAGGAGGCACGUCUGGCUGACGAUGGAAGACCCGGGCUACUCGCGGUCCUCCAGGGUGGUGGCCGUGGCCUCCCUGGGCGUGGUCCUCACCUCCAUCGUGGCCAUGUGCGUGCACAGCAUGCCGGAAUUCCAGCGCGGGGGCGGGGCCGAGCGGGAGGGGGAGGACCCGGUGCUGGCUGCCCUGGAGAUCGCCUGCGUCAUCUGUUUCUCCGCCGAGUUCGCCAUCCGGCUCACCGUGGCCCCCUGCGUUAGGAAGUUCCUGGCGAGCCCGCUGAAUCUCAUCGACUUUGUGUCCAUCCUGCCGUUCUACGCCACGCUGGCGUUCGAGACGAUGGACGAGGAGAGGGAGGAGCUGGAGAACGUGGGGAAGGUGGUACAGAUGCUGCGGCUCAUGCGCAUUUUCCGCGUGCUGAAGCUGGCGCGCCACUCGGUGGGACUGCGUGCCCUCGGCUCCACCCUCCGACACAGCUACCACGAGGUGGGGCUGCUGCUGCUCUUCCUCUCUGUCGGCAUCUCCAUCUUCUCCGUCCUCAUCUACUUCGUGGAGAAAGAGGAGGAGGAGUCAGCCCUGCAGACCAUCCCGGUGGGCUGGUGGUGGGCCACCAUCAGCAUGACCACGGUGGGCUACGGGGACACUUGUCCCGUGACACUGGCGGGGAAACUGGUGGCCACUCUGUGCAUCGUCUGUGGGCUGCUGGUGGUGGCACUGCCCAUCACCAUCAUCUUUAAUAAGUUCUCCAAGUACUACCAGAGGAACAAGGCGCUGGAGCUGGAGCCCUGCAGCAGUGCCUCAGAGUCCCCCAUCCCGGAGCUGCUGUACCUGAACGUCAGGGAUAUGUACGCACAGAAGAUACACUCUCUCCUGAGUGCAGUUCCUCCUGGAAGUAGAGAGGAUGACACAGACGCUUCCAGUAUCUCAGAUAUAGAGACAGGCAGCAUGGGCUUCACACAGCACAGAGCAGCAGAGUGA